AUGGCCGAAGCCGAAGUCCAACAAUCCAGUGCUCUCCAAACAGCCAAGGACCUUUUUUCCGGCGCAGCAGGCGGUGUCGCGCAGGUCCUCAUUGGUCAACCAUUCGAUAUAGUAAAAGUCCGCCUCCAAACCAGCUCAACCUAUCCCUCAGCGCUCUCCGCAGCCGCCUCCAUCUACAAACACGAAGGUCCUCUCGCCUUCUACAAGGGCACUCUAACCCCUCUCCUGGGCAUCGGAGCCUGCGUCUCCAUCCAGUUUGGAGCGUUCCACGCCGCGCGCCGCUGGCUCGAGCAGCGCAGGGAAGCCAAAGGUCAGACCAAACAGCUCGGCUAUGGAGAGUACUACAUUGCCGGCGCGUUCGCAGGCAUCGCAAACACAGUGCUGUCGUCGCCGAUCGAGCACGUGCGUAUCCGGCUGCAGACACAGCCUCACGGAGAGAAGAGGCUUUACAACGGGCCAUGGGACUGCGUGAGGAAGUUGGUUGCGCAGGGCGGGGUUGGGAACGGAUUGUACCGUGGUACGGCCGUUACAUUGUUGCGCGAGGCGCAGGCGUACGGUGUGUGGUUUUUGGUGUUUGAGUAUUUAAUGAAUGCGGAUGCGGCGCGGAAUGGGGUUGAUCGGAAGGAUAUUGCGAGCUAUAAGGUCGCGUUGUACGGUGGGUUGGCGGGUGAGGCGCUGUGGUUGGCGAGCUAUCCGUUUGAUGUGAUCAAGAGUAGAAUGCAAACGGAUGGGUUUGGGCAGGGCAAGCAGUUUGUGAAUAUGAGGGAUUGCUUCAGGCAGACGUGGAGGGAGGCUGGUUGGAAAGGGUUCUGGAAAGGCAUUGGGCCUACGCUGGCUAGGGCGAUGCCCGUGAGUGCGGGGACGUUUGCGGUCGUGGAGAUGACGAUGAGGGCAAUUAACUGA